UGCAUAAAAUUACAAUCAGAUUUUAGCUCCCACUACAAAUAAUUUUAUACAUAUAUAAAAAAGGACUGAUCCUCUCCACUUGCAAAGAAGUCAAGACCUACUACUGUGCAUCCUCUCUAUUUACGCGUCUUUACUUUUCCUUGUGAUCCUCUUCUUCCUGCUGUUAACGGUGAUGAUGGCUUCUUCUUCUUCUUCUUCAUCAUCUCUUGCUCGAUGUUGGUUGUAUCACGUCUUCCUGAGCUUCCGUGGUGAAGACGUUCGCAAAAGCUUUCUUAGUCACGUUUUGAAAGAGUUCAAAAGCAAAGGAAUCAAUGUUUUCAUUGAUAACGAGAUCAAGCGAGGCCAAUCUAUCAAUCCAGAGCUUGUUGAAGCGAUCAGACAAUCAAGGAUUGCCGUUGUAUUGCUCUCCCGUAACUAUGCUUCUUCAAGCUGGUGUCUGGAUGAGUUGGUGGAAAUCAUGAAGUGCAGGGAAGAGGAUCAACAAACAGUGUUGACUAUUUUCUACGAUGUGGAUCCAUCUGAAGUUAGGAAGCAGACCGGAGAUUUCGGAAAGGCCUUUGACAUAACCUGUGUGGGGAAAACAGAAGAGGUGAAGCAGUCAUGGAGGCAAGCUUUAAAUGAUGUCGCGGGUAUAGCUGGUUACCACUCUAGCAACUGGUUCGUUCACUUCUUUUUUUUUUUACUUCCACUUGGAUAUUAUGUUGUAGUACAUGAUGAUGACUGUUUUAAUGAAUAUCCUACGUUGUUUUUGUUAGUGGAAAUGAAGCUUAUUUGAUCAACAAAGUUGCCUCUAAUGUCAUGGCUGUGUUGGGUUUUACACCAUCAAAAGACUUUGAUGACUUUGUUGGCAUAGGAGCUCGUAUCACCGAGAUAAAAUCGAAGUUGAUCUUCCAGUCAGAGAAUGUUAAGGUGAUUGGGCUUUUGGGUCCUGGCGGGAUUGGUAAGACAACCACUGCUAGAGUUUUAUACAACCAACUCUCUCACGCUUUUCAAUUCAACACGUUUUUGGA